ACUAAUUUUUUCCCUCAACAAUAAACCAAAUUUUUGGAAAAGGCAAAAUUUGGUUAAUUAAAUUAAAUUGUUUCCAUUUUAAUUUCCUAUUAUUUGUUUUUUAAUCAAUUUAAUCACUGACUGGACCGAUCAACAAGUUGAAUCUUAAUUUCUACGAAUCGAACCUUUAAUUUAUUCUAAUUUUUUUCUUUUCUGUUCUAUUUUUGUUUCUGUUAUUAUUUUACUCUUCAUUGGCUAUUGAUGACCACAGAUGAUUGAGAAAAGAUUUAAUUGUGAACAAUUGCCAAUUACUAUGGUUUCCAAUUUAUUCUUGGUUAUUUUGUCCGGUCAUUUCCAUUUAAUUCAAUUAGAUUAUCUCUUUUCCUGAUUCCACAAGAUGUGAUUUCCAAGAUUGAAUUUGGUUUUUUUUCUAUGUGAGAGAUCACCAGUCAACAUAAUAGUGGAUUCGGUGCCUCUGCCAACAAUAUUGUCUACAUUUCUACAAAACUAUUAUAUUUUCUACAAUUUAUCUUCUAAUAUCAUCAUGUUAAUUGUCAUCUAAUUAUCUUAAUCAAAGUUGACAUUAACCUCAUAUCAUCAGCAAUAAGCGAACUUAUAUAUUUAAAUCAUUGGAAAUAAGACUGAGCGAGACAAAGAGAGAGAGAGAGACAAAAGCUGAAAUCAACAGCGAUCGUUACAUUUAUGAAAACAAAACGGUAUAAACAUUUUUCUUGUGACUUCUACUCAAUUCUUCAUCAUCGCUUCCAUCGAGAUUCGUGAAUCUGGAGCUAAUAACAAUCAAAAAAGAUGAAGGGAAAAAAGCGAUACUCUCUCAUUAUUCUGGCCACCAUUUUAUUUAUCCUUAUUUAUUUCAUAUUAAAAGCAAUCUCAUAUAGCUGUGAUGCUGGACAAUCUAAUCUCAAGCCCAGAAGCUCCCUAAUUGAUAAUUAUUUCAGUUUUGUGUGUAAAUAUAAACUGACCACAAUCAAGAUUAGUCAAGUUGGUGAGAGAAUAUCAAAAGAGGAGCCAAUUGCUAGUAAACAAAAGGUUCGAUUAAGUUAUUUAGAUGAUGGACAAAUUUGGUAUUCUUCAGAUUCUUCAGAUUCUUCAGAUUCUAAAGGUGAUACCAAAAAUUAUCCCAAGUCAAGUUUAUCAUCAAUCGACAAUCAAAAUAAAGAAAUUACCAAUGAAGAAAAGACAAAGAGAGGAAAAAGUUUGGAUAAAGAAAAUUCCGGUUUACCUGAGUUUCCUCGUGAUUGUCGUUUCUCAAAUUGUUUCAACUUUAAUCGAUGUCCACCCGGUGAAAGAUUAAGAAUACAUAUCUACCCAGAAUUAUCAAAACUCAAAUCUUCAUCUCCACCUUUAACCAUAUCAUCAACUUAUCAGAAAAUUAUUACAAUCAUUGAAUCAUCUAUUUAUUAUGAACCUGAUCCAGAUAAAGCUUGUUUAUUUAUUACCCGUUACGAUUAUCUUGAUAGAGAUCGACUUAGCCUUGAUUUUCAGAAAAAUUUACCCUCCUUAUUACCAUUGGACAAUGGUCGUAAUCAUAUUGUGUUUAACCUUUACUCUGGUACAUGGCCUGAUUAUAGAGAAUUGGAUUUAGCUGGUUUUACCCUUGGAUAUUCAAUUUUGGCGAAAGCAUCUUUCAGUUAUCAACAUUUUCGACCAGGAUUUGAUAUUUCAAUUCCUCUUUUCUCAAAAAAUCAUCCAAUCCGAGGGAAAACAUUCAUUGAGCCCGAUGAAGGACCCGAAUAUCAGUUGGCUGAUGAAAUUGCCUUUGAAACGGUUGAAACAAAUGUAUAUAAGGUUAAUGAGAAAAAAAAUCUUCUCGUUUUCAAGGGUAAAAGAUAUACUCAUGGAAUUGGAAGUGAGACUCGUAACACUUUGUACCAUCUUCAUAAUGACCACGAUAUUCUCAUAUAUACAACCUGUAAACACGGGAAAAAGUGGAAAGAUGCCAAAGACGAAAGAUGUACCAAAGAUAAUCGAGAUUAUGAUAAAUAUGAUUAUUUAUCUUUAAUGGCCAAUUCAACGUUUUGCCUUGUACCUCGAGGUCGUCGAUUGGGAUCAUUCCGAUUUCUAGAAGCUUUAGCAUUCGGAUGUAUUCCAGUUUUACUCUCAAACAAUUGGGUUAAACCAUUUGAAGAUGUAAUCGAUUGGUCUGAGGCCGUUGUCGAAGGCGAUGAACGAAGUCUCCUUCAACUUCCCGAAAUAAUGAGAUCUUAUGAUUGGAAAAAAAUUGAGAAAAUGGCCUCACGAAGUAAAUCCCUUUACGAUACUUAUUUCUCAAGUGUGGAGAAAAUUGUUUUCACAACUAUAGCAAUAAUUAAUGAACGAAUUCACUCCCAUCUAAGUUUAAAUUCAUUUCUAUGGAAUCUUGUUAAUCCGGGUUUCUCUGGUUUUACCGGUGCAAUUUGGUUUGAUACUGAAUAUAGUUGCCAAUUGAAAGAUUAUCCUGGUUACGGGAAACUUUCACAAUUUUCUCCAUCAUCUUUAAUAUCACAACAAUCAGCCACAUCAUCACAAUUAACAAGAUCAUCUUCAUCAUCCACAAAUCUCAAGGAUCCAUUUGAUGGCUUCACAACAAUACUUUAUAUAAAUAAGCCAAUUAUGCCAAGCUCAAUCCAUAGACUGAUAAAAUCAUUAUCUAAAUCUCAAUAUUUGAUCAAAAUAAUCAUCAUUUGGACCUUACCUGACAAUCCUCCGUCUAAUUUACUUAAAAAUCCCUAUCACGAUUCCUCACUAGUCAAUGUGAUCGUACCCGAAAUUAAAACAAUUAAUGCCAAACUUAAACCGUACAAAGAAAUUGAAACUUAUGCAGUUCUGACUCUUCAACCCGAUACAACGAUUACCGCUGAAGAGUUGGAUUUCGCUUAUUUGGUUUGGUGCUCAUUUCCUCAUCGAAUCAUUGGUUUUACCGCUCGAGAUCAUUAUUAUGAUGAAUUUCGUUCGCGAUGGUAUUAUACCUCGAAAUGGACUAACUAUUACUCGAUUAUACUUCUUGAUGCAGCUUUUUAUCAUCGAUAUUACAAUAAUCUUUACACUAAUUACAUAUCAAGUAAUCAAUUUUUUUCACAAGAUCCAAACAAUUGGGAUGAUGAGAUUUGUGUUGAUUUGCUUUUCAAUUUUCUGAUCUCCCAUAUAACACGAGAAGGACCGAUUAAAGUGACACAAAGGAAACGAACCUCUAAUAGUAGUAGUUCACUUUACAAUUUAAUUAAUACCUCAAAUACUUUAACAAGUAAAUUUGAAUCAUUCACCGGAUCUCAAGAAUGUUUCACUUAUCUAUACAAUUUAACCUUUAAUUAUGUUCCACUGAUUAAAAGUCAAAUGAGAUUUGAUCCUGUUCUCUUCAAAGACUCAGUUUCCAAUUUAAGGAAAAAAUAUCGACGAUCAGAAACAGUUAAUUAACCAAAUUAUCAGCUCGUUUUUGGAUAAAAUCAUCAACAAUUCAUAUUACUUUUUACUCAACCAAAUCAUGAAAAUAACUCCAGCAAAUAACAAAAGGACCAUAAUAUUGAAUAAGAAGCAUUUUUAUAUUUAAUUUACUUAAACGACGAUUAAUCAAUCGAAAACAAAAGUCUUCAUGUAAAUAGUUCAAUAUACAUGUAAAAAUGUGUGCAAUAAAUAUACUAAUUAAAGAGAUAAUUAAUUUAGAA